AUGGUUCUGUCGAAGCCUGCCUGAUGAUACAGAUGGAACGGCAAGACAGAUGCUGCCAGAAGCUGAAAAUCCUUGAGAUCAUUAAGCCCGAAGCACCAUUUGACUUAAACGUCACAUACCAAGAAAAGGAAGAUGCUUAUCUGGUUCAAUUCUCCAUUCCACUACAAAUAUAUCUACAAAAGUCCUUAAUAUACGAAAUAGCCUACAGGCCUGAAAACGCCAACUGGACCACGAGUAGCCAAACCAAAGAAUUCCAACAUGUUCCGUUAACACUUCUGAGAAGGGAAUUUCAACCAAGCACAAAGUAUGGCCUAAACGUCCGGUCCAAGCCCAGUGGAAAUGUUUUCAAAGGCUCGUGGAGUGAAUGGAGCUCUUCUGCCUACAUCCAGACUGCACAGAGAAUGCCAGAGGAAAUAAGUAAUGAAGUAAUCCUGAUAACAGCAUCCUUUGUGGGCUUCUUUGUACUGCUUGUCCUAAUUUCUCUGAUCCCAAUAUUUUGGAAAAGCAGGAUCAAACCCAUUGUGUGGCCAGCCAUCCCCAACCAUGAGAAAACCUUGGAUAAACUCUGCAACAAACUGAGAAAGAACUCCGAGAUCAGCUUCUUCAAUCCUGAGAGUUACGGGUAUGCACACAUCCACAAAGUGGACAGCAUUCAAGCCAAGUCAGAAAUGGAGCAUCUCCAGCACUUGCUGCUUCCAUGGUCUGUGGAUGUUCUGGAGAAGGUCGGGAGCGGACUUGAACUGACAAACAACCUGAGUCACAUCAAUCACGGCUGGCUGAAGCUGCCUCUGGCGUAUGAAGGAAUGUGGCCUGCCGAGUUGCUGAACAGGCAUUUGGGCAGAGGUAACCACAUCAACGGCGAUGAGUUCACCAAAGCCAACCUCUAUAACGAGAGGGGCGCUAGUGGUCAACACGGCUGUGAUGAUGCUCUCAAUACCCAUUCAAGUGCAUUGCGGGAUCCCACCGUUCUGCCUGGAUUAGAAUUCUGCCAGGCAGAUCCCCGCCCCCCAGUUUAUGCCAACAGUCAAGUUAAGGUAUCGAACAAAGAGGAAGCUUAUGUCACUAUGGCGAGCUUUUUUGAAAGCAAGGGGAACCCAGGAAACUAG